CAAAAGGGGCGUGGUCGUAAUCUAAGGGCGGGGCCAGGUGGGCAAGAGGAAGAAGUCACCUGUUGAAUCUUUCUACCCACCCUCUUCCCCACUCUUGCAGCAACCCGUAAGAGGGAAGCCGCAGACCAUAAGCCUCUUUCGAAAAGAGGUAAAGGGAAGUAGCUAAAGGAAAUCUCUGGGCUGCGGCGGGGACUGGCCUUUGCAUCCCGCAGGAGGGACCCAACAGCUACUUUCUACCUGCUGAGUCAGGUGAACCGGCCCUUAGGGGUGGGGACUGCAUGAGAGAAGGGCAAAGACGAAGGCGGUAUUUAUUUGUUCGUUUUGAAGGCUACAUUUGGAGCCCCUCAUCUGCAGACUCAGUUGUACAUUGUGUACACUCGCUCGGCCACUGGAAGAGGGAAGAUCGAAGGAGACUUUUCGGCAAGAAAGCAAAGGCCAGUCACGGCUGCCUCCCGUCCGUGUUUCCGCUGGCCAAAAACGAUAGAGUCACAUGGCUUCCGCGGUCUGGGGGGCGUCCACAUGGUGGGGCCCACCGCCCCCGGCCCCAGCCCGACCGCUCACGGACAUCGACUUCUGCUCUGGGGCGCAGCUUCAGGAACUGACCCAGCUGAUCCAGGAGCUGGGGGUGCAGGAGAGCUGGAGUAACGGGCCCAGGCCGGGACCAGACCUCCUCCGGGCCAAGGACUUUGUCUUCUCUUUGCUUGGCCUGGUUCACCGCCGGGACCCCCGUUUUCCUCCCAUGGCAGAGCUCUUGCUGCUUCAUGGCGGGAUUCGCGAGGGCUCCCUGGAUCUGGGACCUGCACCACUGGGUCCCUAUGCCCGGGGUCCUCACUACGAUGCUGGCUUCACGCUCCUGGUGCCGGUAUUUUUGCUGGACGGCACUGGGCCGGAGCUGCAACUGGACCUGGAAUCCUGUUAUGCAUGGAUCCGAGUCCCAGAGCAGGAGCAGGGAUCCUCGGUCCGGGAGACCUGGCAGGAUUGCCUAGGACCUGCGGUCCCAACAGGACAUGAUUGGAUCCAUCAAACCCAGAAUGAAGGAAGUCUCAAGAACCCGGAAAGCUCCGUGGACCAGCCGCACGGUAAUCUCACUGAGACUGAGCCCCAUGUGUUUCUGGAAAAGUCACUUAUUGCCGUUCCAGAACCGGACUCUCCUCGGCGUGACGUAACCGAUCUUGACUCUCCCUCCUCAUUGAGUAAACUGAGUGGUGACGUCACCAAGGCAGCUGUGGAAAGCCGGGUUCCGUCGCCGCCGGAGGGGUGGGAGGCGUGGCCCACGUUGUGUCCCGCCCAAGUUGCUGCCUGGUUCUUUGCCGCGUUGGCCGCGGUCGCCGAGACCCUGAUUCCGGUCCCAGGCUCUCCGCGCCUGGUGCACACAGCCCGCCACGCAGGGUUCACCACCGUUCUCUUGGCCACUCCGGGUCCCCCGCGCCGCAUACUGCUCUUCGACCUGAUCCCCGUGGUGUCCGUGGCCGGCUGGCCCGAGGGGGCUCGGAGCCACUCGUGGGCAGGCCCGCUAGCUCCCGGGCCGGCCUCCUUCUACCUGGUGCCCGGCGGCAGCACGGAGCGAUCGGGCGCCUGCGGCUGGCAGCUCUGCUUCGCCCGCCAGGAGCUGGCGCUCAAGACGCGCAUACCCGAGCCGCUGCUGCAGGCGCAGGCCGCGGCCCAGGCGCUGCUGCGCCCGCUGGUGGCGGGGACCCGGGCCGCGGCGCCCUACCUGCUGCGGAUGUUGCUCUACUGGGCGUGCGAGCGGCUGCCCGCGCUCUACCUGGCGCGGCCGGAGAACGCGGGCGCCUGCUGCCUCGGGCUGCUGGACGAGCUGAGCCGCGUGCUCGAGGCUGGGGCGUUGCCCCACUAUUUUCUGAGGGGCCGAAAGCUCCGUGCGGGGGACUCCGCCGCCGCGCUGCUCCCGGGGUUGGCCCGGCUCCGUGGGGACCCAGCCGGGGCUCUGCGUGCCGCGGUGGAGGAGGCCAAGGCUGCGCGCAAGGGGGGCGGCUUGGCGGGAGUGGGGGGCGGGACCCAUUAA